AUGAAUGGAUUAACAUAAAAAAAAAGAUUUCCUGUGUAAUCUAAAAAGCAGGAUAAUUUUUAGAAGAGCUUAUACAAUAUCUAUUUAAAACUAGUCAUUUAAUUGGAGAAAUUUAUAAUCUUUAGUAUGAAAAUUUAAUUAAAUGUAGUACCUUUUAAAAAACAGAAGAGAAAAUCAAAACAUUGGAAUGAUGAUAUAGAAUUUAAAUUUAGUGGAGGAGGAGAAUAUGAUAAAUAGGGAACUGGUCAAAAAAUGGGAAGAUGGGUUGAAUUAAGUGAACAUUAUUGUGAUAACUUUGAACUUACUUAUCAUGGUGAGUAUAAAAAUGGUAAAAAAUUUGGCAGAUGGGACAUUUGCUAUAAUAAUGGAAAUGGUGAUCAAAUAAUGUAACAAAUAUUUAACAAAAGGUGAAACUAAAAUUUUCAGUGGUGGGGGAUUAUAUAAUGAAGGAACUGACGAUCUCAAAAUUGGAAAGUGGAUUGAUUUAAGUGAUAGAUUUUGUAGGAAUUCUUAUGUAAUUUAUCAGGGUGAAUAUUUAAAUGGUUAAAGAGUUGGUAAAUGGGAUAUUUGGUUUAAAGAGGAUGGAGACAACAAAUAAAAUAUAAGGAUGUAAAUAAUUCUUUAUAUAUCUCUCAAAUUUCUUAGUGGUGGUGGAUCGUAUGAUGAAUAAGAGACAGGAAUGAAAACAGGCAGUGGAUUGAAAUUAGUGAUAGUUUUAAACAAGAUUCUAAAGUAACUUAAAAAGGGGAAUAUCAAAAUGGUAGGAAAUUUGGUAGAUGGGAUAUAUAUUACAAUAAGGGAAAUGGUGAUUAAAUUAUGUAAAAAGAGUAAUAUAAAGAGCCAACUUUCAAACUUGUUAGCGGUGGAGGGGAAUAUAAAGAAGGAGGUGAUAACAUUAAGAUUGGAUAGUGGAUUGAUAUAAGUGAUGGAUUUUGUAGGGAGUGUUAAGUAACAUAUAAAGGUGAAUAUAAAAUUGGUAAAAGAGUUGGUAAAUGGGAUAUUUUGUAUAAGGAUUUAGCCGGAAAUAAUGAAUCAAUGUAAACAAUAUUAUUGCUUAAUUUGAAUUUUUUAGUGGUGGCGGCUCAUAUGAUGAGAAAGGGGAUGGAAUGAAGAUAGGAAAGUGGAUAGAUUUGGAUGAUAGAUUCUGUGAUUCUAAAUAAAUUACUUAUAAAGGUCAAUAUAAAAAUGGAAAAAAAUAGGGUUUAUGGGUUGAAAUUGAUAUUUAAAAAAAUAAGUAGUGUAGUGAAAUGAAAUAUCAUAAUUAUUAUUAAUAUCAUAAUUGA